AUGAAGAUGUGCGCACGAGCUUCAGCAUUUUUCCGCUCGCUGUGUCGGUCCAGUCCUCUUCAUCGGACCAUGAGUUGGUCACCCAGACAAAUCAGCUGCUGGAAAAGUCCUGAGUCUUCAGAUCGUCCAUCAGACUCUCCUCGAGUCCUGAUCACCGGUGGACUCGGGCAGCUCGGGGUUGGACUGGCACAGAUGUUGAGGCAGCAGUUUGGGCGAGAAAACGUGAUCCUGUCUGAUAUCAAGAAGCCUUCAGCCGAAGUGUAUGACAUGGGUCCCUUCGUCUAUGCUGAUGUUCUGGAUUAUAAGAACCUGCGUGAGCUGGUGGUGAACAACGGCAUCAACUGGCUGGUGCAUUACAGCGCAAUGCUCAGUGCUGUGGGAGAAACCAACUUUCAGCUGUCCAGAGCCAUCAACAUCACAGGGCUGCAUAACGUAUUAGAUCUAGCUCUGGAGAACUCCAUGCGUCUCUUUGUCCCCAGCACCAUUGGAGCGUUUGGCCCCUCCUCUCCAAGAGACCCCGCCCCCGAUCUCUGCAUCCAGAGGCCUCGCACCAUUUACGGCGUUUCUAAAGUCCACGCUGAGCUCAUGGGCGAGUAUCACCACCAUAAACACGGCUUGGACUUUCGCUGUCUGCGUUAUCCUGGAGUUAUCUCCUCCUACACACACCCUGGGGGAGGCACCACAGACUACGCGGUCCAGAUCUUCCACGAUGCUCUCAGCACCGGACACCACGAGUGCUACCUGCAUCCAAAGACACGCCUACCCAUGAUGCACAUCUCCGACUGCCACCGGGCUACGGUGGAGUUCAUGCAGGCUCCUGAAUGUCAGCUCUAUCUGCGCACCUACAACAUCGCCGCCAUUAGCUUCACACCUGAGGAGGUGGUGGAGGAGAUCCGCAAACACCUUCCUCACCUAAGUGUCACCUACAAACCAGACCCGAUCCGCCAGAACAUCGCAGACAGCUGGCCCAUGCGUUUUGAUGACUCUAACGCUCGGAAAGACUGGGGCUGGGAGCCGGCAUUUGGUCUUCCAGAGCUUGUCACGGACAUGCUGAGUGACCUCCAGAACAAGAGAGUGACCACGGACCUGGGCGUUAGCUAGCAGCUUCAUCACACCACCACCACGCUGCUGAUGACUUUAAAACACAGAAUAUUUUAUUCCUUUACAAAAUGCAGGCAUCUGCUCAGGAUCAACACUGUGUGCAUCACAUUAGAUAGAGAGGUGUAGCUUGAGAAGUCAUAGAGAAGCCAAAGCAGCCUUCUUUCUGGGAUGAUGAAGGAGUUUAGUGCAGUAUAGCGCAUUAACUUCUGAAGUUUAUACAUUCUGUGGCUUUUUAAAGAUUUUAGAAGUGUCCAAACCCAAAUCAGUGGACUUCCUGAUGGACGGAAGGAUGACAGAAAGCUCGAGAAGACAAACCCGAGUUAUCUGUAGCAUGUUUUCCUCUUACUGAAACUAUAGGAGACAGCAUAGAAAUAUAAAUGUAAAUCUAGGCUACAAGGUGAAGGAAAAAGGCAGGAUGCAGGAGGGAUGAAGAGGUGAAGUGUGCUUUGUGUCAAUACUGAGAACAUCUACAUCAACAUCUGGUUUAAACCUGAAUGGUGUCAGAAUAGUGUGUGAGUAGUGUGACAAACAGCACAUGUAAGGAAAAUGAAAAUGUGAGUGAGCUGCUUCUAAAAUUAGCCCAAAGAGGUGCAAGAUAAAGGGGUUUGGAAUACGUCCAGGGUUCGGAAAUGAAACUAUAGACUCUUAGAGUAUAGAGGAUGUAAUGUUUGGAAAUAAAGCUAAAGGCAAAAAGCUUAUAAAAAAAGGACAAAAGAAAAGAAAAUGUCUGUCUUUAUCCACGGUGUGUAGAUAGAUUUUGGAGAAACAGACAUGUUUUUGAGUUAAGCCUAAGAUAGAUUCAUUUUGGUGACAAGCAAUUAUAUAACGAAAAAACUAUAUAUAUUUUUUUUAAAAAUACAAUAAGCUUCUGUCAUAAUUAGC